AUGGCAAGGCAGAGAGACAUCUGGUCUAUCGGCUGCAUUCUUGGAGAGCUUGCAGACGGUCAGCCCCUGUUCCCGGGCGAGAGUGAGAUAGAUCAGCUCUACGUCAUCCAGAAGAUUGUCGGACAAUUGCCGCCCGAUCAGAUGAACAUGUUCUAUAACAACGCUCGAUUCUCCGGGUUAAAGUUUCCAUCAGUGUCCAAGCCACAGACUAUCGUGAAAAGAUACCAGGGAAUACUCAGUAGCGUCAUGAUAGACUUUAUGGUGCAAACACUAAGGCUAGAGCCUACAGACAGGUUCACGAUAGAGGAUUGCCUGGACCACGUGUCCUUCCAGACAGAACGUCUUCUCAACCGGGGCAGCCAGGUGCCCAUCAAGCACAUCGACGCUCAUAACACCAGCAAGAAACGCAAG